AUGUGGCAAGUAGGUAACAAAAUGAAAAUCGUGGGCCACGCUUCUUUAUUGAUAUGAAUUUCUUGAAAAGAAUUGCAGCCAAAAUGAAGACGUGCAGUUUGUGUAAAAAUAAAUACGAUAGUCUUUUUACACCCAAUGAGCAGUUAUUGGGCACGCGUAUUUCCGAUGUUAUACAAUUCAUAUUUAGUGAUAACCCAUUGGAUUUCCCACCAAAAUUUUUGAUAUGUGCCGCGUGCGCUGCAUCGCUUGUACAAACUGAUAUUGUAUUAAAGCGCCUGUCGAAUGCGCUCCCGCAAAGCAGAAGUUCUGGAAAAGUAAACACAUCGCAGCAAAAUGGAAAUGAUAGUGCCGAUGAGACGCAUAAUACUACGCAGAAUGAAAGUAGUAGCAAAGCAGCUGAAAAUAAUAUGGAAUGGAUAUUUCGUUGUACACAUUGCGAGUAUACUACCAGAAAAGCAAAAAUGUAUAAAACUCAUUUGACUACUAAACAUGAGUUGAGUAAUCCGCGCAUCUAUCAGUGUAUGUAUUGUACGGAAUCAUAUCAGCGCAUAAAUGGCAUACAAAAUCACAUUGCUACCGCACAUGAAAAUAAACCACGUCAAAAACGUCAACGUCGUAAGACAAUUGCUUUUGAUUCGCCAAAUGUAUUGAGCAGCACAACAAUCGAUAAGGAACUGGAUAUUAACGCUUUAGUGGUUAAUAUAAAUAAUGCCAAUGAUACUAAUCCAAUUAAUGAAAGUAGUCAAUUAGGUGGUAGUAAUACUUAUGAAUUCUCAUGUGGCCAUUGUGAAUAUAAAACAACGCAUCCAAAAUUUUUCAAACGUCAUUUAUCAAUUAAACAUAAUGAUGAAGACUCAAGAAUUUAUAAGUGCAAGAAAUGUCGUAGUACUUAUGUACGACAAUUUGCCUUGCAAAACCAUAUCGCUUAUGAACAUGAAAACAAACCUAAACCACAACGCCGCAAGUCGAUCGCGUUAGAACAAAGUACAAUAACCGAAGCUGAGUUGCUAAUACCUAAAGAAGAAGUGGUAAAUGAUGAGGAAGAUGAUGAACUAAGAUGUGAACUUUGUCUGUAUCAAGCGCAAGAUGCAAAGCAACUUAGAAACCAUAUGGUAAUAUUGCAUCAAAAUGAUAGCAUAAAUCAAAAUGAGUACAAUACGGAAACCAUACCAGAUAGUCAACCAAAAGAACAAGUGGACCAUGUAUUCCAAUCACCUUUUAAAAAACCACGCAAUCAAUUAAGUGCAAGUGAAAUAUCCUCAUCGGACUGGGUUUUCCAAUGCUCACAUUGUGAUUUUGAAUGUUCGAAGAAGAAAAAAUUCAGAUCGCAUUUAAAUAAUGAACAUAAUGUAUAUGAUAACGAUAUAUACAAGUGCCUUUAUUGCGCGUCAACAUACGAACGUUAUAGCGUGUUGCAGCAUCAUGUGUCCAAUGUGCAUAGUAUUGAUUUGACUGGCAUCGAAUCUGAUUCCAGUCAAGAUCACGUUGCAAAGAAACAAAAACUUAAUGGAACUGCCAAUGGUGCAGAGAAACAUGCACUUGAUGAAGACAGCAGCAAGGAACAAACACCGACUAAAAAACGUAAGAUAGAACGUGAAAAAAGCAAAGAAUCUUGUGUUGUAUGUGGCAAGCUUUUUGCUACAGUGGAUAAAUUGCGUGCACAUAUGGACAAAAAUCAUGGCGGUGACGAAAUCAAAAAGUGCCCCAAUUGUGAUGCACAAUUCCGUUCGUUGGAGAAGUACGAGGCGCAUCUGUUCAGUGAAAAAUGUCUCAACACCAAAUUAGCCUGUCAAUAUCCGGGCUGUCCGAAACGUUUUAAUAGACCAUCGAAAUUGCAACAACAUAUGCGUGAGAAACAUCCCGAUUUAAUUGACUAAAAAGUGAGAAAUGUUUACAAUAUUUUGAUAGAAUUGCUUAUUAAUAUUUUCAACACGAAUGCUGCGUGUGUAUUUGUUUUUUUUUUUUUUUUUUUUAAUAUCAGACAAAAAUUAUUUUUACCAAUUAAGCUGGUACGAUACAAACAAAUUAUGUACACGAAUUAUAUGUGUAUAUUAUAUAAGUGUAGCAAUAGUAAAUUCUUACCUAAACUGUCACUAAAUACACAGAUGUAUUUUACUGAAUUGCUGAAUAGAAAUAAAACAAAAUAAAUAAUAUCGUUGACAAUUUCAA